GCAAGGACCGGGGUCCCGGGACUAGAAAGAAACGGUGGCCGAGUGGGGGUUACGGGGAUCAUGGGGCUUUUGACCAUUCUGAAGAAGAUGAAGCAGAAAGAGCGGGAGCUGCGACUGCUCAUGCUCGGCCUGGACAAUGCUGGCAAAACGACCAUCCUCAAGAAGUUCAAUGGGGAAGACAUCGACACCAUCUCCCCAACGCUGGGCUUCAACAUCAAGACCCUGGAGCACCGAGGAUUCAAGCUGAACAUCUGGGAUGUGGGCGGCCAGAAGUCCCUUCGGUCCUACUGGCGGAACUACUUUGAGAGCACGGAUGGCCUCAUCUGGGUGGUGGACAGCGCUGACCGCCAGCGGAUGCAGGACUGCCAGCGGGAGCUCCAGAACCUGCUGGUGGAAGAGCGCCUGGCUGGAGCAACCCUCCUCAUCUUUGCCAACAAGCAGGACCUGCCUGGAGCACUGUCCUCUAACGCCAUUCGGGAGGCCCUGGAACUGGACUCCAUCCGCAGCCACCACUGGUGCAUUCAGGGCUGCAGUGCUGUGACAGGGGAGAACCUGCUGCUUGGCAUUGACUGGCUCCUGGAUGACAUUUCCAGCCGCAUCUUCACAGCCGAUUGAGCCACUCCGGGUGCCCCCCACCUUGCAAUCCAGGCCCCCCAGCCCUCAUCAAACACCAUCCAUGGGGGGAUGGAGUCAGCCACCCGGACUAACACUCCCUGUCCCCCUCUAUAACCUGCUGCUGCUACUGCUGCCCGCUGCUGCUCUGUGGCCACUGGCUCCUGUGGCAGGAGGGCUGUGCCCUAGCUGUCACUCUGGCUCCUGACCUGCCCUGUGGCUGCCAUACCAAGAGGAGAGGAUUGGGGCUGGGAGGGGACUACCUCUGAUGCUAACAAGGCUGUGGGCCUCAUCCUUUGCUCAGCUGUAAGAAUAAACACUCCUUGCCCUGA